AAGCUGAAGAGCUCAUAUUGCGCGACAUUGACAUGAUUGGUUUACGGUAAGUGAGGCGGUACUUCCUGUAUAAACACAAACUCCUUCCCUUGACAACUUCCUUCCAGCAGUGUGUAUCAGGGAGAUUCCUAGAUGUGAGAAGUGUGCAGGAGGACCUGAGAGAAAGGAAUGUGUAGUAUUGAUGUAAAAACUUGUGUGUAUAAACUGUAGGGGUACACAUGGUGCUGGAGAUCAGAUGUGUCCGGUGAGAGAAAGACAGGUUGAGGUUACCAGGAUCACAGUAGUGCAGAAGGUGGUGUAUGCUGAGGCAGUGAAGGGAGUAGUAGAGGAAGAUGGGUCCAGGGUGAAGGAUCCUAAGAGGAUACCUGUGAUUAGGCCGAGGUCAAUAGAGAGUGAUAAGAAUAACAUGCUUCAGUAAGAUUCAUUUUUUUGGUGUUCAUGGCCAUGGUUGUCAACCGUACCGCAGGAAUAGAAUGUAAAACACAGUGGAUAGAUGUUGUGGUGGCAGCUGUUGAGAAGUACUUGGAUGUACAAUAUUUUACUGCAGAGUUACAAGGCGUUUUGAACGAUAAUAUCCCGUCCUCCCAGUCUGCUGGUCUGGUGUUGAAUCAGAGGGCCAAAGUAGUGGAAUAAUGAUGUUUAAAUGGGUGUAGGGUUAGUUGGUUGGGCAUUUUUUUCAAAGGUGUAAUAAUUUCCUUCUACAGAAUAGAACUACAAAAUAGUAAGCUGAUAAACAGACAAAUCAGUAGGUGGCGACAUGCACUUAUAACAAUUGUAUGCGAAGCGCUAGAAUACAAAGAAGAAGAAGGCCGUUUCCUUUUUAACAGCCCUUGAAUCGCUGGAAGUCUUGACUUCGACCACGGUUGCAUUGCUGUAAAUGGACACUGAAGACGUCGGAUUGAACAUACAUCGGGUUUUACUGGUUCACUGCACGGAUAGCGCUGCUGCAAUCAGUCUGGUAUUUUAUAGGCGUCCAUUACUGGGCCUUAGAGAAUUACAACUAUCUGGACUCUCGAAGAGGACGUUGUUCCAACAGACUCUCGGGUGGAGUUAGACGAUAACAGAUAACAUGAUUCACGAUGAAUAGGGUGUUGAACAUUUUAUUGACUUUAAUAGAUCAGAAACGCUGAAGAAAGAAUAGCUUCAAUGAUGGAUCGGGACAGAGCUAGUCCGUCCCCCUCCAACCUGCCGGAGUCCCCUGGUCACAACUCUCCUGGUAGCGCCUUACUGCUGGAUCUGAAGAGGGUGUUUGUGCGGCUGGUCGACUGCAGGAAAACACCAGGGCAGAGUGGAACUGUGAGAGAAGGACACAAGGAGGGAGAUUUGAUAUCAUCAAGGGACACCCCUAACUCUCGUUCUCUCAGUGGGAGGGGCUUAUCAUCUGGGGAGCCUCAGCCACACAAUGUUGCUGAAGAGACAGAGAAGACUCUCUCCAAAUCAGAACAUCUCAAGAAACCCCAGCAGAGACGUACAGGGAAGAAACCUCACCACUGCUGCUCUAACUGUGGGAAGAAUUUCACAAGCCGAAGUGGCUUCAUUAUUCACCAGCGGAUUCACACCGGAAAGAAACCGUACUGCUGCUCUCAGUGUGGGAAGAGUUUCACUGCUUCUCAAACCUUAAAAUAUCAUCUGAGAAUUCAUUCAGGGGAGAGGCCUUACCCCUGCCUUGAUUGUGGGAAAAGCUUUGCUUAUUUGGGCGCCCUAAACAUACACAAGCUAACACACACUGGAGUGAAGCCUUAUAGCUGUGAUCAAUGUGGGAAGAGUUUCAGUCAGUCUGGACACCUGACAACACACCAACUAACACACACUGGAGUGAAGCCUUUUAGCUGUGAUCAGUGUGGGAAGAGCUUUGCUCUAACUUCCUCCCUGACUAGACACCAGCGUACACACACUGGAGAGAAACCUUAUGUCUGUCUAUGUGGGAAGAGCUUUGCUGUAGCUUCCAAUCUGACUACACACCAGCGAACACACACCAGAGAUAAGCCUUAUAGUUGUUAUCAGUGUGGAAAGAGCUUUGCUUCUUCAGAAACACUAAUUAUACACCAGCGCAUACACACAGCAAAGAAACCUUUUUGCUGUGGUCAGUGUGGGAAGAGCUUUGCUGUAGCUUUCUCCCUGAUUAUACACCAGCGAACACACACUGGCGAGAAGCCUUAUACCUGUGAUCAGUGUGGGAAGAGCUUCAGUCAAUCAGUACACCUGAAUACACACCAGCGAACACACACUGGAGAGAAACCUUAUACCUGUGAUCAGUGUGGGAAGAGCUUCAGUCAAUCAGGAAACCUAAAUUCACACCAGCAAACACACACUGGAGAGAAACCUUAGAUGUGUGGAAAGCUUUGUUCAUUUAGGGCCUAUGUGGAAAAACACCAGAAAACUACAAAUGUCUUGUAUUUAAUUUUGCCUCCUAUCUGACACCGGUUCCAGAUCCCUAAAUAAAAGGAUCAAUAGAAAACA